UUUGAUAUUUAUCGGUAACAUACAAUGCUAUUGUUGUAAAUGGGAUUCUUGCUAACAUUAUUUAAACAGCAGUUAUGCUAUCGUAAUCGAAUUUCUUUAACACAUUUGAUCAAAACUACGAUACGAAGAAACAGGAUAUACCUUUGAAUAUGUCGGGCAGAGGAAAUCUGUUGAGUUUAUUUAACAAAAAGACUUACACUUCCGAAAUUCCAUCUUCAAGUGAUGAUCGUGAAAUAGAUAGCGGUUUGGAUGGAGACCAUACCGGUUCAAGUGGAGAAUCUCUUCGAUUCGAAAAGAAAAUUGGAUGUGAUAUCUUAAAUUCUCUGGAACAAGUUAACAUUUCCGUGGGUCGAGGACGGGCCCAACUAAUACAGACUUUACAAAAUGAAAACGCGUCAUUGAAAGAAGUUAUUCCAAAUAAACAUAACUAUGGUAAAGAUACCCGUAUUGGAGAAUCAAAAGCUCCUCAUUUGGAAAGAGAGGUUUUAAGCAACGAACUUUUUUACCCCGACGCAGUACAUGGAUCAAAGGGUUCCACAAUUAAUUUAUCUUGCAAUUACUUAGAGAUAACUACAGAUAAAACUAAAGGAGUUUUCCAAUAUGAAGUGCGCUUUUUCCCCAACGUAGAUUCGCUUCACUUAAGAAUGAAAUAUUUAAACGAACAUAAAGAAAAACUUGGAGGAUGCAAAACAUUUGAUGGCACGACAUUAUAUUUGCCUAUUUUAUUGGAAAAUCAAAUGACAGUUUACGUUUCAAAAACUGAAUGUGAGGAUGUAGAGAUCAGAAUUUUAUUUAAAAAAAAAGAAGACUUGAAGAAUUGCGUACACUUAUAUAAUAUAUUGUUUGACCGAGUUAUGAAGACAUUAAAUUAUGUAAGGUUUAACCGGAAACAGUUUGACCCUUCACGUCCAAAAAUUAUUCCUCUAGCAAAACUGGAGGUUUGGCCAGGUUACGUUACAGCUGUUGAUGAAUACGAAGGCGGUCUAAUGCUCUGCUGUGACGUUUCUCAUCGAAUCCUUUGUCAAAAAACUGUUUUGGAUAUGCUUGUAGAUAUAUACCAGCAAAACGUAGACCACUUCCAAGAAUGUGCUAGAAAGACCUUAAUUGGGAAUAUAGUUUUAACAAGGUACAACAAUCGUACUUAUAAGAUAAAUGAGAUUUGUUUUGACCAAACUCCGAUGGCCAGUUUUCAAACUAAAUCUGGAGAAACAAGUUAUUUAGAUUAUUAUAAAAAAUAUCACAAUAUUACCAUUAAGGACGUUAAGCAACCACUGCUUCUAAGCAUCAAAAAGUCAAGGGUAAACACUAACGACAAUGAAAAUAUACAAUUCGGUUUAAUUCCUGAACUUUGUUAUCUUACUGGACUUCGUGAUGACAUGCGGUCAGACAAUAAACUUAUGCGUGAAAUUGCUACAUUUACAAGAGUUUCGCCAAAUCAACGUCAAAUGGCCCUCGAUAAAUUCCACGACAAUGUAUCUAAAACCCCUGCAGCAAAAGAAAUCCUCAACGGUUGGGGUCUUUCACUUACUAAAAAUUACAACAGUCUAAAAGGACGACAAUUGGACCCAGAGCUAAUAUAUUUUUCCAAACAGACGGUGCCUGCAGGAAAAAACGCAGAGUUCUCAAAAUAUGUUGUGAAUAAUGAAAUGCUACAAGUUGUUCACAUAAAUAAAUGGAUAUUAAUACAUUUGAAAAAUGAUCUAAGGGCUGCAAAUAACUUACUUGAUAAUAUAAAGCAAUGCUCCAAGUCACUCGGGAUAAACGUUUCUAAACCAACAAUGAUUUCAUUAGACCAUGAUCGAAUCGAUGCUUAUAUUCAAGCACUACGCCGAAAUAUAGAUUUGAAUUCACAAAUAGUCGUCUGUAUUUGCCAUAAUAGUAGAGAUGAUAGAUACUCUGCAAUAAAAAAAAUUUGUUGCUCGGAAUUACCCAUACCAUCACAGGUUAUAAACGCAAAAACAUUAUUGAACGAAACAAAAAAUCGUUCAAUUGUUCAAAAAAUUAUUUUACAAAUGAAUUGUAAAAUAGGAGGAUCCCUAUGGACGGUUAAAAUUCCCUUUAAAAAUGUAAUGAUUUGCGGAAUUGACUCUUAUCAUGACCCAUCUAAUCAGGGGAGUUCUGUUGCCGCUUUUGUGGCGUCUAUGAAUUCAACGUACUCACAAUGGUACAGCAGAGCUAUUGUACAAACCAGAGGGGAAGAAAUUGUUAAUGGGUUAUCUGCCUCUUUUGAAGACGCUCUUAAAUUAUACGAAAAACGAAAUGGCUAUCUACCAGAGAGUGUUGUUAUUUACAGGGAUGGAAUCGGAGAUGGUCAGUUAAAUAUCUGUUCUAAAUACGAAAUUCCUCAAUUUGAAAGUGUUUGCAGAGAUCGAAUAAAAAUUUCUUUUAUAGUAGUACAAAAGAGAAUCAAUACAAGGCUUUUUUCGAAAAACGACAAUAAUUUUGACAAUCCGUUACCAGGAACGAUAGUUGAUAAUCAUAUAACCAGAGCUAAAAUGUAUGAUUUUUUUUUGGUUUCGCAAUUGGUUCGACAAGGUACUGUCAGCCCUACUCAUUUUGUUGUUUUACGAGAUGACGCGAAUUAUGGACCAGAUAUCAUUCAAAAAUUAAGCUAUAAACUAUGUUUCUUAUAUUAUAAUUGGCCCGGCACUGUUCGAAUACCGGCUUGUUGUAUGUACGCUCACAAAUUGGCUUAUUUGGUGGGACAAAGUAUUCAACGUGAAAUAGCUGACACGCUUUCGGAUAAACUUUUCUACCUAUAACCUUGUACAAAAAUUCUGUUAAUAAACUGAAAUAGACAAAAAAA